GACCGACGAUAGGAAAGCUGUAAAUACUUGAAAUUCAAACUUUAGCGAGGUGGUUGAAGAGUGGCGCGAUCGAGUCGCGAGACCUCAGCCGCAGCCAAACUUUCAGCUCAGCCUUGCUGCAAAAUGCUUGUAUAAAGCACGGGUAGAAGAGAGGAGUUUUGCGAAAAGCCUGGAUGAGACACCUGCCAUUGAAUAAUCCCAAAUCAUGGUUUGCGUGAGUGCUGGUGAUCCGGACCCGGAUAUCGGAGGCCCAGGGAUCCUUACUGCAUUCAUUGCGCAGAGUUCGAUUUCGCUCAUCAUUGCCGCUUGUCUCAUCUUGUUCGCAAAGGAGAAGCAACGCCGGAAGAGAUGGGUUCAGACAGCGCUCACUAGCCCCAGUGAUACGCUCACAGUUACUGGAAUUGCCGUCUGCGUUGGAGGGUUUGCAACCCAUAAUAGCAUCAGUCUCUAUCAUCUGAGAAUGCUCUUCGACCUGAUUGGUCUUACCACGAUGGCAAACGUAGCAGCGAUAUACUGCGUUCUGAAAUACACGAAAGAGUACAGGAAAUUUCGUGUCUUUGCCGCAUUAAUAUGUCAGGCUAUGGCGAUUGCUAUUGCCGUGAUCUUAUGCGUCUCCGUUCGCUCGUGGAACGACAACCAGGUCGGGAAGUGUUACCACUGGUUUGUCACUGACUCGAAAUGGGAUGUAUCCCAGACCACCACAAAUCUCUGGAAGGUGAAUUACUCCCCCAUCAAUCGCGAUGUCACAUUUGUUGCAGCGAUGGCUUUUAUGGGAGGCUCUGCCUUGCCUUCGCUGUCUUCGCAGGUUUAUCGAGCCAAAACUACCACCCCUCCCAAAGAAGAGUUGGCGAAAAGUGGCACUAUUUCUGUUGGCGGAUUCUCAAGUCGCGAGAACUGUGGGCGCUGUUAAUGGUGGUAUGCAUGUACGCGUACCACGUGGCGUUUUUGUUGAAAAUCCGAUCGGUCAACCAGUUCGAUCUGAUUGGAGGUAAAGAGACGGAAAUUCGAACUUUGGGUCAGAUCAUUGCCAUUGUAAUGCUACUUUUAGUAAUUAUU